AUGAACCGACAUCGUCAACAAAUUCGACUCACUCUUUGUAUCAUCCCCGUCGCCUUGAUCUGGUCAAAGGACAUUGGCGGUAGCGGCGAGUGGGCAUCGUCAUCGUCUGGCGCUGCAUCGGACGCGAAUGCAUUCGCCGCCGCCUCUCCCUCCGCCUCCGCCGACAUCUGCAACCCGAGCUUGGGCCAUUUGUGGUUCAGCUGCGCAUCAGAUUUGACGGAAACCAUGGAAAAGUCGAUGGGAUAUGGAUGGGAAUGUCGAUGGGAAUGUCGAUGUGUUGGGGAUCGAGGUUUCGAGGAUCGAGAUUCCGGGUUUGCGAUCACAGGAAUCGAAGAAAUCGAAGAAACCGAUCGGGAAACUGCAUGGGGACAGGAUGGGAAAUUGAACAAGGCCCAGGCGAAUUCUGAUUAA